CUUAAUUACACUUGAGUUUAUGUAUAAAAUAGAAAGCACCUCACACAAUUUUCAGAACGGACUUAUCCUGAUACAGUAUGAAAGCAGUUUGCUGGUUUAGUAUCUUACUUCUCUUCUACUUGGCCAGUUCUUUCAAAUGCAAACAUGAAGGAAAAGAUGAAGAGAAGUAUUACAUGGAUGAAUAUAAACAAAUAUCUACUUACAAGAGUUCUGGUUCGAAGCCAUCUCACAUGAAAACAUUCAAAUCUCACACAUGGAGUUCCAAUUUAGACGGAAAUAAAAAUGCAACGAAAUCAUCAUAGUGGUUCAUUUGCAACAUUGUCCGAAGAGGAGAUAAGCGAGUCUGCAACUCCCUAAAGUUUUAAAAAUUAACUUCAAUGACAGUGUUUUUUUCUAAUUUAUUUUCUUAGUUCUGUAGAAUUUUUCUUUAAAUAACUUUUCCAUGUUUGUUUAAAUUAAAUAUAUCAUAAAUAUUUUUGCUUUUUUUUAAAAU